CGACAGGGAAAUCUCCCGAGUCGAGCUCAGCUUUGCCAGAGCCCCAGGUGUGACCUGAGCAGUGGGCAAGUGUGCAGGCUGGGUUAUUUUUAUGAGGGUACCCUGAAACUCCCCGGGAACUUUCUGUGCCAGGACCCAGUGACCGGCGGUUGGGAGGCAGCCCCAGGAACCACCGCUAUAUAGCAGGGCACUUGGGCAGUCAUUGGAAACCUCGCUCAUUCAUUAGAAUCACGUAAGAACUCAAAAGGAAACGUGUCUCUGGGAGUGAGGGCGUUUGCGUAAAUCUAUAGGUUUUACAACAUCGAUGACAGUUGCUUUGUCUUCUGUAGUCGCCAAGGUGGUUGACAGUUUAAGCUUGCGGAUAUUGCAAAGGGUUAUUAGAUUCAUAAGUCACACCAAGUGGUGGGCGAUCCACUGAGCAAAGCCGAACUUCUCACAUGAUGACUUCAAACAAGACACAUUACCUUCCAGCAUCUGUUGGGGAGACGGGAUUUUAAGACACUUGAGUCUCCAGGACAGCAAAGGCACGAUGUUCCACCAGGUGAGAAGAGUGAUGACCAUCCUUUUCCUUACUAUGGUUAUUUCAUACUUCAGUUGCAUGAAGGCUGCCCCCAUGAAAGAAGCCAACGUCCGAGGACAAGGCAGCUUGGCCUACCCAGGUAUGCGGACCCAUGGGACUCUGGAGAGCGUGAAUGGGCCCAAGGCGGGUUCGAGAGGCCUGACGUCGUCGUUGGCUGACACCGUUGAACACGUGAUCGAAGAGCUCUUGGACGAGGACCAGAAAGUUCGGCCCAGUGAGGAAAACAAUAAGGACGCGGACAUGUACACGUCCCGGGUGAUGCUCAGCAGUCAAGUGCCUUUGGAGCCUCCUCUCCUCUUCCUGCUCGAGGAAUACAAAAAUUACCUGGAUGCCGCGAACAUGUCCAUGAGGGUCCGGCGCCACUCGGACCCUGCCCGCCGCGGGGAGCUGAGCGUGUGCGACAGCAUCAGCGAGUGGGUGACGGCGGCGGAUAAAAAGACUGCAGUGGACAUGUCAGGCGGGACAGUCACGGUCCUCGAAAAAGUCCCCGUCUCGAAAGGCCAACUGAAGCAGUACUUCUACGAGACCAAGUGCAAUCCCAUGGGUUACACAAAGGAGGGCUGCAGGGGCAUAGACAAGAGGCAUUGGAACUCCCAGUGCCGAACUACCCAGUCGUAUGUUCGGGCCCUCACCAUGGAUAGCAAAAAGCGCAUUGGCUGGCGGUUCAUACGGAUAGACACUUCCUGUGUAUGUACAUUGACCAUUAAGAGGGGAAGAUAGUGGCUUUAUGUUGUAUAGAUUAUAUUGAGACAAAAAUGAUCUAUUUGUAUAUAUACAUAACAGGGUAAAUUAUUCAGUUAAGAAAAAAAUAAUUUUAUGAACUGCAUGUAUAAAUGAAGUUUAUACAGUACAGUGGUUCUACGAUCUAUUUAUUGGACAUUUCCAUGACCAGAAGGGAAACAGUCAUUUUUUGCGCACAACUUUAAAAAAGUCUGCAUUACAUUCCUCGAUAAUGUUGUGGUUUGUUGCCGUUGCCAAGAAUUGAAAAACGUUAAAAAAAAAAAAGUUUAAAAAAUACUACUAAUAAAUUGCAUGCUGCUUUAAUUGUGAAUUGAUAACAAACUGUCCUCUUUCAGAAAACAAACAAAAAAAGAAAGAAAGAAAAAAAAAAGCCUAACAAAAAUUUGAACCAAAACAUUCCGUUUACAUUUUAGACAGUAAGUAUCUUCGUUCUUGUUAGUACUCUAUCUGUUUUACUGCUUUUAACUUCUGAUAGCGUUGGAAUUAAAACAAUGUCAAGGUGCUGUUGUCAUCGCUUUACUGGCUUAGGGGAUGGGGGAUGGGAGGGGUAUAUUUUUGUUUGUUUUGUGUUUUUUUUUUUGUUUGUUUUGUUUUGUUUUUUUAGUUCCCACAGGGUGUAGGAAUGGGGAAAGAAUUCCUUCCAUCUAGAGUCUGGUUGAUAAAAGAUUCAUUUGUAUGUUGCAGAGAUGUCGGCAGUAUCAAUCAGAUGACUGGAAAGUGAAUAAAAAUUAAGGCAAACGAAUGACGUGCUCACUCCACUUCCCGUGACGCACCUCUUAGGCGCCUGCUCACCCUCUGGGCCUUGGUCGGGGGAAGAUUCUUUGGUUGGAAAGAUCUCCAUUUACUCUGAGCACAUUCUUUCCCCCCCACCCCCUCUGGUCCCCUCCUUGUUUUGUUUUCUUGAAGGGAGAAAAAUCAGUUGCGCGCUCUGAAAUAUUUUACAACUGCUGCAAAUGAGUAGACAUGUUUUGUCACAUCGUGGCACUCAUAUAAGCAUGGAGAACAGUGAUUUCUUUCUUUCUUUUUUUUUUAGAUGAGAGAAAAACAAAAAAUAAUUCAAAAAUAAAAAUUCUUUUAGAUGAGGGGUAAACAUUUGGGUCAAUCAUUGUGAGGCUUAAAAAAAAAAUCAUGGAAAGGCAUAUAACUGUCUUGCAAGUAAAAGGUAGAGUUCUGUACAGACCCAGAAACACCUAGAUCAGAGCAGGAGUCCACACUGCCAGUGAAAUGAGACUGAACAGCCUUCUGGAGGCUGUGUGGAGCUGACCUAUCAUUUCCAGGUGGUGCAGAAGGAAUUUCUGAGCGGCCAUGCUGAGGUCUAGGUGGGGUGGAGAAGGGUACUUGAGACAUUCCAGGAGGGAGGACUCUGAAGGACCCUCAGGGGUGGCUCUGGAAUGACACGCGUCAAGUUGCUUGGACCUCGCGCUUUAAGUGCCUACAUUAUCUAACCGUGCUAAGAGGUUCUCGCUGGAGGACCGCGCGCUCAAGCCGAUUUACACCCUCCACCUCUGAGUAAUUUUGCAUAAAGCUGGAUUAGCCUGGAACAUUUUUGGAACUACACGAUGGCAUUGUGAUCAUGGAAUGGAUUCGAUGAGAUGGGAGAUGUUUGUUACAUGAGCACUUAUUGCUUUGAAAUUAGACUUGAGGAAACCAGGGUUUUGUCUUUUGAGAACUUUUGGUAAAGGGGAAGGGAACAGGAAAAGGCCCCAAAACUCAGGUUGGAUGACCAUGGCUACCAAAAGAAAAUCUUGUCCAGAGACAAGACUUUGGGAUGGUGUCUGCCCAUCCAGGACACUAAAGGCUUGAAGGCGCUAUGCUCGGUGGAAGAGGCCAGGACAGAGCUGACAAAGUUUUGCUCCCCGGUAAAGGCUGCAGCCACCUCGUGACCAUCCUGUCUGUUCAUGGAGAGGGUCCCUCUAAGCAGAGGGUCCCUCUAAUCAGAGGGUCCCUCUAAGCAGAGGGUCCCUGCCUUACCUCUUACCUCUGCAAUCUUGGGUUAGGAGAAGUCGAGUUGGGAGCCUGAAAUAGUGGUCCUAGGUAAAAUGGAUUCCAGUGGAAAUUAGUGCCCAUUUAGCCCAUCGUGUAAACCUGAAAAUGUCCUGGACCGGGUCCUUGAGUAUCAGAAAGCCUCAAGAAAUUUGCUGCACCUUAGUAGGGUGAGGGAUAAGCAAAAGAGGCUGUCCAUCAUGACCCAGGGAAUGAAGAUACCAUCAGCAGAUAAUGUCUACUUGUUCAGUCUUUCAUUUAGAACGAGGCUAUCUUUUACGGUACCAUCCUGAAUACCUGUCUUUAAAAGAAGGAAUAACUUAUGUAGUAUAGGUUUGUUUUGUGCUGUUUGAAACUACUAUCUUUGUAAUUAUCUUUAACAUGUAAUGAAUACUCGGAAUAUCUGCUGUCUGAUCAAUUUUCACAGCCUCCUGUCAAGGGACAAAGUUCUAAAACAAAACAAAAAAGUCCCCAUCACAGUCUCGAAGUGUACUGUAAAGGCCGGAUCUCUUAAGUGGCCGAGCAGGAGGCAUUCAGCAAUCAUGUGGUCGGUGGCAGUCUCUUAUUCAAUAAGCUACAUCACAGUCACCUGCUUGGUGGUUUACGUUGACUUAAGGUUGAUUUUGUUAAAAUCUUUCUCUGUUGCUGUUCAUUUUUGUUCCAUUUUGUUUGGUUUUGUUUUUUUAAAGUCUUGCUGUGGUCUCUUUGUGGCAGAAGUGUUUCAUGCAUGGCAGCAGGUCUGUUGCUUUUUUCUGGUGAUUCCCAUUGACAAUGUAAAUGUCUGUGGCCUUGUUCUCUCUAUGGUAAAGAUAUUAUUCACCAUGUAAAACAAACAAAAAAUAUUUAUUGUAUUUUAGUAUAUUUAUAUAAUUAUGUUCUUGAAAAAAUUGGCAUUAAAACUUAAUCGCAUCAGAAGCCUAUUGUAAAUACAAGUUCUAUUUAAGUGUACUAAUUAACAUAUAAUAUAUGUUUUAAAUAUAGAAUUUUUAAUGUUUUUAAAUAUAUUUUCAAAGUACGUAAAAUCUGGGGGUUCUGGGUUUUAUUCUCUUCAC